UUUGCUGACUAUAUCUAUUGAAUUAUAAUAAUUUCAAAAUGUCAAGUCAGUACUGUGUCAUUUGAUUCACAAAUUCCGUCGAUAUUCCCAUGUUGUGAGGAUCUUAUAUCUGAGGCCCUUGCAUUACUGAAUGGGCGAAGAGCAAACUCAUUAUGGAUAGGCUAUCAGGACAGGUGACUAUCCCUUGUCCUAAUUACCAAUGCGAGCAUAGCUUGAGCCAUAUAGAUUUAAUCACCUUUCUUGGAAUAGAAAUGUUUGAAAGCAUAAAUGAGCAGUACACACAGAUCUACCUCAGUAACACUGAGGAUAUCAGAAGAUGCCCUAACGAAGAGUGCAGCUAUGCCGGUAUGAUCAAGAUGGAGUCUUGUAGUGAUAAGCUAAGAUGUAAUAAAUGUUCCUUUGAAUGGAGAGAAUAUUCCCAACUCACCGACUCUCAGAAGAUGAUUAAGUCUGUCAAAGACUUUCUUACAUUUAAAUCCGAGACCUUUAGCUACAUUAAUGAAGUCCUAACAGGAGUCCCUUGUCCUAAGUGAGGUCUUGUGAUUUGGAAAGAUGGUGGCUGUAAUCACAUGGUCUGACAAAAAUGCAAGCAUGAAUUUUGCUGGAGCUGACUUGGCCAUUACCCUGGAUAUAACCAUAGAGAGGAGACUUUUUGCCCUUUGAGACAAUUUAUCAUUUACCUUAUUCCAAUUGUUGCUUUUGUGACAUUGGAUUACAAGCUAUGCUCACAUGUUUCCUUGGUUUCAUGGAUCCAUUCUUUGUUGUACUCUGUUGUGCAUUUCUUGUUCUUCUAUUUCUUGAUGCCUAACAUCCUCGUGCUGAUCUGCUUCCUGGAGGCACUAUUCAUUGGCUGGACAGUAGAAGGGUUCCGUGAAUGGUCGACUCUCCCUCAGAGAAGGAUGGCGUACUUUACCUCAAUUCUGGUAGUUGUGUAUCCAUUUACAUAUUGAUAUUUAUGGUACAAGAUUUUGAUAUCAGACAGGCUCUUCUAUCUUGCAAGUUCUAUAUGGUACGAGAUUCUAAUCGUGCUUGCUGGAGUUUGCUUAGUACUGGCUGGGUUCAUCCUGUAUCAUGCUCUAAGACUGGUUAUCAGGCUUGCGGCUAAAAUUAUUACCAAGUUAAUAAGUGUUCUUUCUGGCAUCACUUCCAAAAUCAAGACUAAUCUGACUAAGAUCAGAAAAGCUGUUUAUUUGACUAAGAACGAGAAGAUCAGAAGAGAGGCUGCAAGAGGUAUUCACCAAAGAGCUAAAUGGGGUUCAAAAUUAAAAACUGAAUAAUCCUGAAAUUCAAUAUGCGAAUA